AUGAUUCCUUUGCAACCUGUUAUUAUCACUUUCACAAUCCUGUCUCUGCGAUACGCCUACUCCCAGCAGUAUUACGACCACACUCCAUGCUCCUCUCACACCACCAAUCCCGCCGCCGCCUACACCUGCGCCUCCGCCGGAACCUCCUGCCCCACAUUCAUAGUCUACAGAACCAACCGCCACUUCUCAACCGUCUCCGCCAUCUCAACCCUGUUCCAAACCGACUCCCGCACCUUACUCUCCGUCAACCCUAACGUCUCCACUCCGUCGCAGCCUCUCCCCUCCGGCCACGAACUCCUCGUCCCGGUCACGUGCUCCUGCGCCGCCGAUCGCGUCUACCGCUCCUACUUCACCUACACCGCCACUCAACACACCUCAAUUUCAGAAAUCGCCUGCGCAGUUUACGAAGGUCUGGUGAAAUCCGACGCGUUAACGGCGGAAAAUCGCGCCCUCGGUAACGGCGUUAGUGCUGGCUCCACGCUCCGUUUGCCUCUCAAGUGCGCUUGUUUGGAUGAAGUUUUCGAAAACGAUCCAGUUAAAUAUCUCGUCGCCUACCCUCUCAUUGAAGGAGACACCACCAAAAAAUUGGCGGGAAAAUUCAACGUUGCAGAGGAGGAGAUAUGGAGGUUCAACCGCAUGGAUCCGUUCGCGCCGCCGGUUUUUCCUAACACGACGGUUUUGAUUCCGGUGAGAGACGAGCCGUUGAUCAAUUUCAGCAUUCCUGAUGCAGAUCCGCCGACGCUUCAGUUCCUGCCGACGCAACCGGUUGAAAAGAGGCGAAACGCGCCGGAAUUGAGGAAAUUGUACAUCGCCGGAUCCGUAAUCGGAACUUUUCUGAUGGCUGCUCUGACGAUCUCCUGCUGUUUGUACAUGAAGGCGUUGAAGAAGUUCAAAAUCGAGAGAAUUCGGUCAAUGAACUCAUGCUCGACUCCGAUCAGCUCUCCUUUCUCGGCGCCGCCGACGAGGAGCUCCACGAAUUCAUGCUUGUCGCCGGAUCUGCUCGUCGGGGUGAAGUACUCUCUCCGGAGCUACAGCAUUGAGGAGAUCAGCUCCGCGACGAAGAAUUUCAGCGGCGAGGUGAAGACGAGCGGCGGGAUCUACAGGUGCGGCAGCGGCGAGGCGAAUGCGAUGAUGAUGAUCAAAGAGAUGCGAUUGGAGAAGACUCGUCAGGUGAUCGACGUCCACUCCAGAAUCAAUCACGUGAACAUCGUGAAGCUCCGCGGCGUCUGCUACGGCGGCGGCGACGACGAGGAAGAUCGGACGUCGAGCUGCUGCUAUCUGGUGUUCGAGCUCCCCGUCAAUGGCAGCUUAAGAGAUUACUUGAAAAGUUCAUCUGGCGCGCUUCAAUGGCAUCGGAGGACUCAGAUCGCAUUCGACAUCGCGACGGGGCUCCACUACCUGCGCUACUCCGUGACGGCCUACACGGACCAGCUGAGGCUGAGCAGCGACAACGUAUACUUGAGCUCGAGCUGGAGGGCGAAGAUAUUUGUUUCAGGCGAGAAUCGGAGAAGCUCGGGCGUGGAUCGGAGCGGAGAGAUGUUUGAUUUUGGGGUGGUGCUGAUGGAAGUGAUAAGCGGGAAGGAAGUGGGGGUGGAUGAGAGAGGGGUGAGGGAGGCGAUGGGGUUUAUGGGAGAGAAGGAAGGAGGGUGCUUUGAUCAGUUGAGGAGUUUUGUGGAUUCUUCACUGAGAGAUGAUUAUCCAUUAGCGGAGGCAUUGUGUAUGGCUGUUUUGGCUGGAUCAUGCGUAGACCAUGAUCCCAUGCAUAGGCCCUCCAUUGAAGAUGUGCUCAAGAUUCUUGCUAGGAUGCUCUAG